AUGAUGGAGAUAGAAGCUCCAAAGGACAAGGUCGUACAACUCGAUCAAGACGAGUUCGCUUAUGUAGACGCGGACAAGGGAAGAGUCACACAAUAUUGUGCUGGCUCUGAUGACGACAAAAUACCAGCCACAGAAAACUCGUAUGUAUUACCCUACUCAGGCAAUCUCAUCUCUACUUCCAAAGGAAUGUCAUCAACACGACCGGGAAUGAAAAUCUUGGAUGGAACAGUUGUCCGCUCAGAAGACGAAGAAAUGGAAGUCUCCGUACUGAACUCCAAAACAACCGAAGAUUCGAUUGUUGUGGAAUCCGGUGCAAAGCCGCUUUUGAGCCGACGACUGGAGCACGAGCGAUGCCGGAAGCUCCUGAAGGAAGUGUGGCAUCGGGAAGUGAAGCGGAUGCAAGAGGCCGUGUCCAGUAUGCGGAAGGCCAAGACGGCGUACCACCAGCGUCUGGAUGAGUAUCAAAAGUCGCCGCUGGGCUCACGCCAUUCCCGAGGCACGUCCAGUGCGAGCGCCAGUGACGUCGACCCGGACUUCAAGUCGUCGGACCAGCGACGGAAGACCAAGAGCGAGGAGGAUUUGCUUGAAGCGGAGUUGAAUCAUAAAGCCCUCGUGGAGAACGCGAACGAACAGCACACAGCGUUGCUGAAAACGAAGGCCCAGGUGUUGCAGCAGAUUCAUGAGCUGAUUAUCCAAUGUGACCAGACGAUGAAAACCGUGACAGUCAACUACUUUCAGCUUCAGCACUCAGUCACGGCUCCGUCGCCAAUUCAGUUCCAAACAUUGUGCGAAAGCAGCCGACUUUACGAGCCAGGAUCCCAGUAUUUGGAAUUCGUCAAACGUCUCCCCGGGGCGCUGAACCCCGAAGGUGUGGAAGGGGAACCGCAGAAAUCGUUCACCCCGUCUUGGUUGGAGACAUACUUGGAAGAUUGUCCUGGCCCAGCCAGUGAACAAGAAGGCAAUAUCCAGUUUUCCCAAUUGUCCAGGGACCGGAAAUCCAUGGACUCUCAAGCAUCAAGUGAUGGAUCGUUAAAUCCCAUCCCGUCUGACGGCAAAGGCGCGCGAGCUCGUGCCUGGACGACGACGGGCCACUGCAGUGACACCGACAGCUCCUUGUCGACGAGCAGCCAGAGCACGGGUGCGGGCCGCAGUUACAACGCGUCACCGACGGCGCUUAAAGCUCAUGGUGGCAGCAGUCGGGCUGAAGCUGCUUGCAGCGAACCACUCGACAGCUCUGGCAGCUUUGACUCACAGGUCGAAAACGGCGGUGGAGGUGGACGAGGAAAUUCUGGCGAGAAGCAAAUGUUUCUCGGUAUGUCGAAAGCGGCGGAAACUCAUCGCUUCAAGAAGCUGAGGACGCCUUCGAGGUGCCGAGAAUGCGAUUCCUACGUGUAUUUCCAAGGAGCUGAGUGCUGCGAGUGCGGUCUUGCGAGCCACAAGAAGUGUUUGAAGACAUUGGCGUUGCGAUGUGGACACAAGAGACUUCCUCGGAAAAUGACGACAUUCGGAGUUGAAAUCGGGCAUCACAUGUCGGAAACGAGCGUUAGCAUUCCUCCCCUGAUUGCAAAAUGCGUCAGCGAAAUCGACAAGCGGGGACUCAAAGUCAAGGCGAGUUAUUAUUGCGAGCCAGAUGAGGGCAUUUAUCGUGUGAGCGGAGUGAAGAGUCGGGUGGAGAAAUUGUGCCAGAGCUUCGAAAAUGGCCCUGAGCUAGUGGACCUCACUGAAGUACACCCGAAUAUCAUUGCGAACGUUUUGAAAUUGUACUUGCGUCAACUGCCGGAACCGCUGCUUCCUGCUUAUCUUUAUAACGACUUCAUCCGAAUUGCGGCCGAGUAUCCGGAAAACGACGAAGAAGCGGAUUCGCCGCGCGCCUUGAGAGCCAUAAAUUCCAUGCGAGACAUCGCUGCCAAGUUGCCGAAGGUACAUCGCGACACGUUAUCAUUCCUGAUGCACCACCUGACGCGGGUCGCGGCCGAGGCACCGGCCAACAACAUGCCUUCGUCGAACCUGGGCAUCGUGUUCGGCCCGACCUUGUUGCGUUCCGGGGACGGGAACCCGUCCCUCAACACGCUCAUCGACACGUGCUUUCAAACGCGAGCCAUUGAAAUCCUCAUCGUUCACGCCACGUACAUUUUCGGCCGGCCGCCGCAGCUGCCCAAGGAGUACUACGGGGACUCGGCCGUCAUUCCGGAAUCUUCCGCCAAACCGCAUUCGAUUCCAAGACAGGAUUCGGGCAGUGACUCGGGCUUCUUGUCCCGGGUUCCGUUGAUGAGAUCUUUGUCAUCCCUGGGAACUCCGCCGCCGAAUGCGGGGAAGACGAAGACGGGGGAAGCUCCUCAUCCAGCAGCCAGCAACAGUGGAAGGGACGCUCAGAAUAAAGAACCCCUGCGGUCUGCUUCAAAGAAUUUUCUGCAUCAACACUUGGCCUUAGGAAGUCACCAUUCCGAAGAUUUGGAUGAAAUCGCUCCGGACAAGUCGCAGCCGAUAGUGAUGCUACAAGCGGUGGAGGAUUCCAGGAAGAAAACGACGGGUUACUCGCAAAGUUUGUCCUUCGAAAGCCCGAGUUCGCAGCAUUUACAGCCGGACCACUCCCAUAAUCCUCGUAAAGAUGCCCUCAAGAAGUGCUUGUCCGACAUGACCGCUAUUGCUGGGAUCGAAAUCGAACCUCCUCAACCACCACCUCGUUUGGAGAAGCCCUCGAAGUCCGACUCAGGACCCGCGGUGGUGGGAAGCAAACCCUUCCGGAAGAGCCUCUCUGGCCCCACGUUAUCCGGUGAGAGCGCUCUGGUGGGUCUCAUGAGAAGUCAAACGUCGCCGAGUCGCCGCACCCGCCCACAGGUGCCGCUCGCUGCCAUGGCGGAGGCCGUCGCGGGCGUCGAUGCUUCCCCGACGGACUACCAGCAUAAACAGCCGUCGAAACCCGGCAACAAGCACAGUGCGUCGGGCACAGGUUCAGGGGCCAGUGUACCAUCCGUCAGCGAGUCCGAUGGAUCCACUGGAUCGCUCUUUAGUCCUAGACCGAGCAAAAUUCGGACAGCGAUGGAUUUCAGGCCCCAGCUUCACAAGCAUGCGUUUGAGCCCGAAUCUUCGCCCAGUCGAAGCAGCAAAGCGUCUGAUAAAUGAAUUUCCUCUCAAUGAACAAAUGCGGUAUUAUUUAUUUUUCGGUGUUAAUUUUUUUCUGUUUUUUUAGUUGUACUGGAGAGAUGCUCGUGAGUGUGUCAAAGGCAGUUAAAAAUUUGUUAAUCCCGAUAAAAAAAAGGGGGGGCUCGAAUCCAGAGUCUCACGCUUUCACAUUUUUCCAAUCGAUGAUGAUAAAAAAUAUAAUCGAAAUCUUUUCUGUAAAAUUGUUGGGUGUGUAAUGAUACGAUGUUUGCGAGAGUUUUAGGCACCAUUUUGGCGAUGCUGACUCCCAAAAAAUUUGGCUGCGCAAUAAUUGAGAUUCUCAUGAAAAAUACUUUUUUAUAAAAUUUAAAAUAACAUUUGUAUGAUUCGUAACUCAUCCUCUCGUGAAUGAAUCGUCAUUGAAUGGCGAAGGAAAGUUUAUCCUCCGAUAAUUACCAAAAUUGGCAAUUCCAAGCGCAAAUGUGAGAAUAUUUGGAUUUCGGGGGUUUUUUUUAACUGAGUGGUCAUAAUUUUUCUUUUUUUUUUCGAGAUUUAUUACGAUUCAAGGAAAAUCAAAAUGAGCCUUCAUCUGCAGUUCAUCGUCGGAAUGAACGGCAUUCUGUUUGAAGAAAUAUUGUAAUUUCAAAAUGUUUCGUUUUGGUCUACGCCGUAUACGUCGGAAUUUCUGUCAUAGCGUGAAGGAAGUAAUUGUGCGUUUUAGAUUCACCAGCAAAUUUUUAUUUAUUUACUUUUCAAAUUCUAGGGUUGAAAGGAUGAAGGUGUGUCUCGAAGGUUCAAUGGCGUAUUACUUUCUUUUCCUAGAAAUGCGGUUGCCGAUCCCCUUUUGGUGUCAAAUAAGUGCAGUCCAUGAAGUAAAUACGAGCCUUGUGUAACGUUACGAAUCCUAGCAGGAGUUUUUCUUGACAUUUCAAAGCAAAAGGUGCAUUUUUUUCUUCUUAAAAUUAAUUGUUUAUAUUAUUUUUAGAUGUUGAUGGGUUCUGGGCUGAAAUGAUGAUGUCAUCUGUUGCUUCACGAAGAAAAAAGACAUUUCUUUUCAGCGUUGAUAUUAAAUUUUUUUAAUAUACUCGACAAAGAAAAAUGAAUUUAGAACGAAGUUUCUGGUUUUCGUACUGCUUUUUCGAAUGCGUUGGUCCUUGAAAUUUGUUUCACAUUAUGCAAAGCCCUGCAUAAAUUAAAAAAAAAACAAUUAGACAAUGUACUCUCGAAAAAAAUUUCAUAUAGCCUUUGUUUUCCAUUCAGACGAUGAAAAUAAUUAUUUCAGCGCUUUUUUCACUUGUCUGUGCUGCGAAGGAAGCAAAUCUUACUUCUUUUUUUCUAACGUCCGCGUUGCUAUAUUUGAUUUCUGAGCAGAGAAAAAAAAUGUUUCAGUGGUUUUUUAUGCUUAACCGUAUCGGAAAGAGUUUUUGAGUUUUGUCAUCCAGACCAGAUCAAUGGCGAGACGUUUUUAUGGUUAUGUUUAUUUGUGGUUUUUUUCUGUGUAUGAAAAGAAGAGAGAAAAAAAUGAUGAGGAAAGAAUUUGGCGAA